UAAAAAAAAUUAAGAAAAGAAAAACAGUAAUCCGUACAGAAGGACCCUGUUCUUCGCCGUAGAGGAUCAUUAUUCUCUAUCUGCCUGCCACACCCCUCUGGUCUUUGAGCUCCGAGACCUCUCUGAAACGUUUCAACCGCCACCUCCUAAGAAAGAACAGGGAAAAAGGAACGACCUUUUGUCUCGCUCUCUCUCUCUCUCUCUCUCUCUAUUGUGGAAGCUAAGCAAACUACUGGGUCAGGAUCUCUCUCUUAAAACAAUGGAUGAACAAUCUUCUAUGAGCAAGGAUGAGGAUGUGAUAGAGGGUUCCAAUGGAAAAGAUGCAGUCACAUCUGAGGGGAAUUCAGAUAUGGAACCAUAUGUGGGUAUGGAGUUCGAAUCCGAAGAGGCUGCCAAAGUGUUCUAUGACGCAUAUGCAACACACUUGGGGUUCAUCAUGCGUGUUGAUGCCUUCCGAAGAUCCAUGCGUGAUGGUAAGGUAGUUUGGCGUAGGCUUGUGUGUAAUAAAGAGGGAUUUCGUAAGACAAGACCCAAAAGAAGUGAGAAUAGGAAGCCUCGAGCAAUCACCAGAGAAGGGUGUAAAGCAAUGAUAGUGGUAAAGAAAGAAAAAUCGGGAAAAUGGAUAGUAACAAGAUUUGUAAAGGAGCAUAACCAUCCACUGGUGGUUACACCUGCAAAUGGUCGUCGCACUGUGCUUCUAUCUCAAACACCAGACGAAAAAGAUGUGAAAAUUCGGGAGUUGAUGGCUGAGUUACAACGUGAGCGGAAGAGAUCUGCAGCCUAUCAAGAACAACUUGAUAUGGUUUUGAGAGAGAUGGAAGAACAUUCAAAUCACCUCUCAAGAAACAUUGACGGUAUAGUCCAAAGCGUGAAAGAAAUUGAAUCGAAGAGGGUGGCACCCUCAAACAGUUAAAGGCUGUUCUAUUUGUUCAGCUGACCAUUUUUGUACAAUUCCUUUCACGUGCUGUUGCUUGUAUUCAGGACUGUAAAUCUCAGUUUUAGGUUGAGCAUAGACUGAAUAACCCUGUAGUUUAUCCUUUUCUUUCUUUUCUGAAUUAGCCUGUAGUUGUAAAAAUAGCAUACCUAUAAUUAGCAAGAUGUUCUAACUCUGUAAA